AUGGCUACUGAAAUCUUCAAAACUCACGAUCUCACUUUUGCUGUCGAGUUGCCGGAAACUUGGGAUUCUUUGCCAACCCCAUACGGUGACUAUUGGAGGUUCAUGAAGAAGCUUUGCAUGACUGAACUGGUCUCACCCAAGCAAGAAAGGUCACAUGCCAUUCGACAUGCAGAGGUUGCAAAGUUUUUGAGGAAAAUGUUGGGGAGUGCUACGAGGAAAGAGAUGGUUGAUGUGGGUGCUGAGCUGAUGAGGCUUACAAACAACAGUAUAUGCAGGCAUGCUCUAAAAUUCAUUUGA